UACUGAUCUUGGUUACUCACCAAACUGUUAAAUUGUUGUUAACUCAUCCUUCUUCCACCUAACUCAACACCACCACCACCACUGCCACCACAACCUCCUCCUUCUCCUCCCUCUAUACCAUCUCCAACAUUACCUCCAAAGACUACACUGUUUUCUGCUCUUCAUGAUUUUCUAUUUUUCUGGUGACGUGGUUUUACCCAUUUAAGUUUAACGUUCAACUUGACAACAAACAAUUCAACACAUUCAACAUUAUUGUUAAUAAACACUCCAGGGCAGCGUUAACCAUCACAAUCAACCAAAAUUAAUUGUAAACAGUGAAAUAUUAUACCAGUAACCUUUCAAUAUAAUACACCAUUGCUACCUUACAUGAUUUUUCUUGUGCCUUGCAAUACUUUCUUCUGACUCUCUUUUGAUCCAUCCUUACAACCAACUGGUUAUUUUUGUUUUACAAUUUCAGAAGCAAUCAAAAAUUUCAUUUUCUUCAAGCUCCUCUUCAAUAAACCCUUUGGUUCCAUCCUCUGUGUAUGUGAAUGUUUCUAUCACUUUAAACAAUCUCAACCAACACAUUGGCAAGUUAUCUCGCCUUUAGUUAUCCCUGUUUUUCAACAACACUAUUGAACCAGACAAAGCUUAUUUUAUGAAAUGUGUAUAUUUAUCUAAAUUAUUUUGUAUUUGAUCAACAAAUUAUUGUAUCCAAAAGAUUUAAAUUAAUUUACAAGUCAACUCAAUUGGACUAUUUCUUACAUUAAUUGUUACACUUGUUUAACUACUGACCCGGUAAAUACUAUUUAAGAUGUACAGUUUCUUACGACGUAACGAGCAACGGAGGAAGGAAGCAGAUACCUUCAUUUCUGUCAAUGAAGGCUUAAAGAGAUUGUAUAAAUCUAAAAUUCUCCCAUUAGAGGAACAUUACCUGUUUAAAGAUUUUCACUCCCCUCCAUUAGAAGAUGCCGAUUUUGAUGCUAAACCAAUGGUACUUUUGGUUGGACAAUAUUCAACCGGUAAAACAACGUUUAUCAAGUAUCUUUUGGAGCAAUCUUUUCCUGGUAUCCGGAUUGGACCUGAGCCAACGACAGACAAAUUUAUUAUCGUUAUGCACGGUGAACAAGAGACAGUUACUCCCGGUAAUGCUCUAGUCGUUGAUCCCAAAAAGCAUUUCCGUCCAUUAUCAAAAUUUGGUGGGGCCUUUCUCAAUCGAUUACAAUGUUCAACAGUUAAUUCACCAGUUUUAGAUAGUAUCACCAUAAUUGAUACUCCUGGUAUCCUCUCUGGAGAGAAACAACGUGUCGAUAGAGGUUAUGAUUUCACUGGUGUCCUUGAAUGGUUUGCUGAACGUGUCGAUCGAAUCAUUCUUCUCUUUGAUGCUCAUAAAUUGGAUAUUUCAGAUGAAUUUAGACGUAGUAUUGAAGCUCUUCGAGGGCACGAUGAUAAAAUUCGUAUUGUUCUCAAUAAAGCUGAUAUGGUUGAUCAACAACAGCUAAUGAGAAUUUACGGUGCACUCAUGUGGUCCUUGGGUAAAGUUUUUAAUACGCCUGAAGUAUCGAGAGUUUACAUUGGUUCUUUUUGGGAUGAACGCUUACGAUAUGAUGGAAAUCGUAAAUUGUUUGAAGCUGAAGAGCAAGAUUUAUUCUCCGAUUUACAAAGUCUCCCUCGCAAUGCUGCUCUUCGUAAGCUUAAUGAUCUCAUAAAGCGAGCUCGAUUAGCCAAGGUUCACGCCUAUAUAAUCAGUGCCUUGAAACGAGAAAUGCCUACAUUAUUGGGAAAAACUAAUAAGAAGAAAGAGUUAAUCAAGCAUUUGUCUAAUAUUUAUACCUCUAUCUCUAAAGAACACUCAAUUGCUGAAGGAGAUUUUCCACUUCUUAGUGAAAUGCAGGAGAAACUUCUUGACCAUGACUUCACCAAAUUUAAUGCAUUGAAUAAAAGGCUUAUUGAUGCGGUUGACAAAAUGUUAAAUGAAGAUAUUGCUCGUCUUAUGGCUCAGAUACCACAGGAACAAUUAAAUAAAGAGGAAUCAUCUGUUAAAGGAGGUGCCUUUGAAAAUACACAAGAAUCACCGUUUGGAUUUGGUCGUGGUGAGGGUAUCGAUGAAGGUGCCUUUGAUCCAAAUUGGGUGGUCGCUAAAGAGAAACCCAAAUAUGAUGAAAUAUUUCAAAAUCUUCAUCCUCAAGAUGGCAAAGUGUCAGGAGCUGUUGCUAAACAAGAACUCAUUAAAUCAAAGCUUCCCAACUCUGUUUUAUCUAAAGUUUGGCGUUUAGCUGAUGUUGACCAUGAUGGAUCCCUAGAUUCUGAUGAAUUUGCAUUAGCAAUGCAUCUAAUUAACGUUAAACUUGGUGGUCAUGAAUUACCUGCCGAAUUACCAGCACACUUAAUACCACCUUCUAAAAGAAAUGAUCAAACAUCUAGUACAAAUGGAUGGUCUCAGUCGGAUGGUGAUGUCCCACCUGAGUACUAGUUGAAAAUUGUUGAAACAACAUACAAAUGAUACCACAGAGAAACAAUGAUUAUCAAUUUUAAUUGAGAAAAAGCUAAAUGGUGGAUACCUAAAAGUUGAAUCUAUCCAUAUACACCAAAUUUGAUUCACAAAAGAAUGUCAAAUCAAUAAUUAUCCCUAAUUAUUUUGAUUUAUUUAUGUCUUUUGCACAAAUUUUAAUCAUUAAUUUUAUCAUAAUAACAUCCAGGGCGUACUUAUCUUUAUUUAUCUUCAACCAACAGUAUCAUUUGUUCAUUUAAACACUAGUACAUAUGCAUACUAAGAAACAAAAUGGUAAUAAAUGACAAUUUCUAAUUGUUACUCCUGAAUCUAUCGAAACAAUUACAUCAACAUUUAAGCUGCGGAAUUUGUUCUGAAAUUAUUGUUGAUUCCAUGAAACUGAAAGCCACUCAUUAACCAUCAUCAUUCAAAAAUCUACCAUUAACCUAAUUAAAAUAACAGAAAGAUUAAACUGCGUUAAUUAUUAUUAAUGAAAA